UUCCCCAGACCUUUUCCUUGAGAAAAAAAAUUCACAUAGUGAAAGAUAAAACUGCUCAGGGUUAUACCUGAAAAGCUUCAUUAUGACUAGUGGUGGGUGGCCUCUUAAAGAAAACAAGGGAAAUAGAAAUUGGCAAUAGUCGAUAAUAGGUGCUAUGUAAAUAUGCUAAAUGCAGUUUGGAAAUGAAUGGUAAUUUCACUAAUCCUUGGGGACAAGUGAACGAGAAUACAUGGCAAAAUAAUGUCCAUGUGGCCAUCUUGGUUACCAACUGUACAGUGUUGCUCGUAACAUUUUUUGUGGGAAUCGCAGCCAACCUUUUUGUCACAUAUGCUGUAUACCAUCAGAAAUCCCUCCAGACUGCCACCAAUGCACUCUUGGUUAAUCUUGCAGUCAUCGACCUGCUGCGAUGUGCUACUGACUGUCCGUUGCUCCUGGUUGUCGUCUUGAACGAAAACAACACCAGAGACCUUGGGGACCUUCUCUGUGAUGGCCAGGUGAUAUCAUUUUCCCUCAGCUGCUGUGUCCAGUUGUUCACUCUGGCAAGCAUUAGUGCUGAACGACACCAGGCCAUUGCUAAUCCAUUUAAGACUGCUGAACGGCGAAAACGGGUUAAGGUGUGGAUCCCGCUCACGUGGGCCGUGUCCAUUGUGGUGUCAGCUCUGUGCGUCAUGUUUACAAAAGACUCCUCUGUCUAUGUUCAAUGUAGAGCUUUGCAUUGGGAUACGUUAAAGACAUAUGGCUCAUUUGGACGUUAUGUCUUGUUGCCUGUCUGGUCCGUGUGUUUGGCUCUUAUUAUUGGCUUCUAUUCCCACAUAUUCAUCCUGGUCAAAGCACACAACCGAAAGAUUUUUGACAAGGGCAUUUCUGCCGCAUCUUACAAAAAAGUCCUUGAAGACAAGAAAAACGUGCAGGAAGUUGUGGAAACCAAGGUCGCCACUGUGAAUGAACCAGUGGCACCAAACGAAAUUCAUGAUACUCAUUUCAUACAAGACUCAAAUGGGACAGCACAUGAUACAAAGUCAUGUAACAAAGAUCCUGAGGACCAAAAGACCUUGCCAACUGUUGCUGAAAGUCAGCCUCUUGCUAUAGACACCAAAACCUUGGAUGUCAAGAAAGAAGAGACACUUGAACAACCCAACCAGCAAAAUGUGAUACUUGUUUCUGAACUGCACUACAAUGAAACUGAACUGAUAGAUCUGGAGAAUUAUGGUGAGAAUCCAGGUGAUCCUCCUAAAGAUGCUGCGAAACCAUACUCUGAGCAGGUUUCUCCAGUAGCAACUAACCAACAAACUGUGACACUUGUUUCAGAACUGCACAAUCACACAACUGAACUGACAAAUCUAAAGAAUGUUGAGGAGAACCUAGCUGAUCCUCUAAAAGGUGACGUGAAAACAAACUCUGAGCAGGUUCCUCCAGCAGGAGGUGGCGCUCAGACUGCUUCAGCAGGCCAAACCAUGCAGAUGAUGGGAGAAGUGUGUAUGAUGCCAUCCUUUACCAACAAGGACAGAUGCAACAAGAAGAAAGAGAGCAAGCUGGCCAAGCGCUCCGGUUACAUCAUUCUUACUUUCCUAAUCUUUUGGACGCCGCUAAUUGGGACAGUGCUCCUGAACACCUUUCGGAACAGAAACCAGAUUUGGGACUUCAUCCAGGAGGUUGAAGUCCUUGUGGUCUCCAUUGCCUGCAUGACAUCCCUCACCAACCCGAUCAUUUAUGCCGUGGUGAACCCUCAGUUCCGCACUGAAUUCUACAGCCUGAAGGCGAGAUGUAAAGCACUGUGCACAAAAUCAUAA